CCAGAAAAAACGGGGUUUUAUUUUCAGAUUGGGGUUAACCGCAAGCUGACCUUUCGUCGAGGAAUGCUCUUUUUACAUAUAUACAGGGACAGGUUGUUCGAAGACAUGAAUGGCAGUAAAGACGGAAACGACCAACUUUUAAGAGCGUUCGAGGAAAGCUUUCAGUCUCAAAGUUUCCUGCCUCUUUUGAAAGAAGAGCUGAAAUGCAAAAUACAGUGCAGAAGAUUGUCAAAAGGAGAGGGAGAAAUGAAAGUACAAUUCGAAGAACAAAAAGUAUAUCAGUUGACGGACGAAGAAAUAAUUAAAAGACAGAAACGGCUUUCUCAGAACAGAAGAUCAGCCAUCAAGCGAAAGUUGAAGGAGAAACUGUAUGAAGAGGAGUUAUUAGCGCGAAUAAGACGACUGGAGACAGAGAAUAACAAGAAAGAGGAAGAGAAGAGGAAUCUAGCCCAUCAAAAAGCUGCUCUGUGUUCUGUAAUAUUAAACCAUAACUGCCGCCUCAAUAUGACUUUAAGACCUUCUAGUGGGAAAUUAGUAUCACUUCUGAAAUAGCCCAGUCCUCAUGGGUGUUUUUUUUAUUAAUUUUUAAAAGAAUGACGUUGAAAUAAGGAGGGGGUGGGUGGGUUUUUAAAAAAUGUUUUAUGGGCCUUGAAUAUGUUGAAUAUAAUCAGUUAAUAGCUCUUCUGCAAUGAUCAGAAUGGUUUUUAUCUGUGAUAGAUAAUUUACUACGGUAUUUUGUUCAAUGACUUAUCAUUAGUAUCUUCAUUCAAGUCACGACUCUGGGAGACGAAGAUCGUUGCUUUAAUUUGUUUUAAAAGAAACUGUUACAAGUUUUAUUUGGAUUGACAUGGAACAAGCAAAUCGGAUUUUUUAAGGUAGACAUUUAUUGAAAAUUUCAAUCACGUUUGCUACGAGGUUUUGUGAAAAGAUAUACAUCGGGUUCUAUUGCUUAUCGCUGAAAUGUCGGAACCAAAUUGCAUGUAUACAUGAAACACUUAAUUGUUGAUUAGAUACCCGAGGGAAGGGCAUACAUGUGAAGUAAUUUUUUGAAGGGAACACUUAUAUAUGCUACAAAAAUAAUAUCUGUAUCAUUUUUCACUCGAAAAAAGUGUCACAGACACUUAAGGAUCCUCGAUACCCCGUGACUUCUACUUUUUUAUGACAGUACGUCACAACAUAGCGAUUGUAACGCAUUGUGAAACAGUUAAUUAAAUCGACAAUGUCUAUCUCUGUGGCGCAAUGGUUGUAGCUUAGAUCUACCAACUCGCAGGUCCCGAGUUCGAAUACCGCAGGGACUUUUAUUUUCAUGAAUAGCGGUAAAAUUUUAAAAAGUUGACAUCCCCCCCCCCCCCCCCCCCAAUUGAAUUUUUUCCUGUAAUUUUCCAUUCUAACACAUGUUAGAAAUCCAUAUACUUAAGUAAUGUAGCAGAUUGGGCUUGAAUGCAGAACUAUUUCCAUGUGUGUGGAGGACCCUCAAAUUCAUAUUUGAACGAUUAUGAUAUCUAUAUGGUGUUCAUAUAAUUUGUGAUACUAGUACCAGUGUCUUUUACUAAUUAACAAAUAUAAUUGUCAAUGAGUUCAUUACUUAUUAAAUUAGUAAAAGCAUCUAGUAUAGGAAUUAGGUACAUUUCACAAUAUUAUUAUGCCAUCAUGUUAAGAAUUAUAUUUUUUACGAAGUUUGAAUGUUUCAUUUACUUCUAACAUUUACAACCAGUACUUACAUGUACAAAUAAAUUCGUUAAAGAGUUAA